GACGGCUACGGCCGGCUGGUGCAGCAGACCAUCCUCCGGCACCAGGACGCCGUCACCGGGCUGCUGCCCGCCAGCGCCGACCACCGCGAUGCCUGGGUGCGCGACAACGUGUACAGCGUGCUGGCCGUCUGGGGGCUGGGGCUGGCCUACCGCAAGAACGCCGACCGCGACGAGGACAAGGCCAAGGCGUACGAGCUGGAGCAGAGCGUGGUGAAGCUGAUGCGGGGUCUGCUCCAGUGCAUGAUGAGGCAGGUAGACAAGGUGGAGGCCUUCAAGUACAGCCAGAGCACGCGAGACUGCCUCCACGCCAAGUACAACACCCACACCUGUGCCACCGUGGUGGGGGACCACGAGUGGGGGCACCUGCAGCUGGACGCCACCUCCCUCUACCUGCUCAUGCUGGCACAGAUGACGGCCUCAGGCCUCCACAUAAUUCACAGCCUGGAUGAAGUCAACUUCAUCCAGAACCUUGUCUUCUACAUCGAAGCGGCCUACAAGACAGCGGACUUUGGGAUAUGGGAGCGCGGGGACAAGACGAACCAGGGCAUCACUGAACUGAACGCCAGCUCCGUCGGCAUGGCCAAGGCUGCCCUGGAGGCCCUGGAUGAGCUGGAUCUCUUUGGAGCAAAGGGAGGCCCGCAGUCGGUGAUACGGGUGCUGUCGGACGAGGUGCAGCACUGCCAGUCCAUCCUCCACUCGAUGCUGCCAAGGGCCUCCACGUCCAAGGAGGUGGACGCCAGUGUGCUCUCUGUCAUCUCCUACCCGGCCUUCGCUGUGGAGGACAGCGAGCUGGUGGAAAUCACCAAGCAAGAGAUCAUCACCAAGCUGCAGGGGCGCUACGGCUGCUGCCGCUUCCUCCGCGAUGGAUACAGGACCCCCAGAGAGGAUCCCAACCGCUCCUACUACGAACCCGCGGAGCUGAAGCUCUUUGAGAACAUUGAGUGCGAGUGGCCUCUGUUUUGGACGUACCUGAUCAUCGACGGGCUUUUCAGCGGAAACAUGGAGCAGGUGCAGGAGUACCGGGAGGCCCUCGAGGGGGUUCUCAUCAAGGGGAAGAACGGGGUGCGCCUGCUGCCGGAGCUGUACAGCGUCCCGCCAGACAAGGUGGAUGAGGAAUACAGGAACCCCCACACUGUGGACAGGAUACCCAUGGGCAAGCUGCCACUCAUGUGGGGCCAGUCCCUCUACAUCCUGGGCUGCCUGAUGGCCGAGGGGUUUCUAGCUCCUGGUGAAAUCGAUCCCCUCAACCGCCGCUUUGCGACUGUCCCCAAGCCUGACGUAGUGGUGCAAGUGUGCAUCCUGGCAGAGACCGAGGGCAUCAAGGCUGUCCUGAGGAAGGAGGGCAUCGAUGUGGAGACCGUGGCCGACGUCUACCCCAUCAGAGUGCAGCCUGCUCGCAUCCUCAGCCACAUCUAUGCACGCCUGG